CGUAAAUUUGCAGUGUAAGUUCAACAAUAUCUGAAUAAUGAGUGGCAGAGGUAAAACUGGUGGUAAGGCCAGGGCGAAGGCUAAGACUCGCUCCUCCAGAGCAGGACUGCAGUUCCCCGUCGGUCGUGUUCACAGACUUCUUCGCAAAGGGAACUACGGCGAGCGCGUCGGUGCCGGUGCUCCGGUGUAUCUGGCCGCUGUGCUCGAGUAUCUGACGGCUGAGAUCCUGGAGCUGGCUGGAAACGCCGCUCGGGACAACAAGAAGACCCGUAUCAUCCCCCGUCACCUGCAGCUGGCAGUGCGCAACGACGAGGAGCUCAACAAACUCCUGGGCGGAGUGACCAUCGCUCAGGGCGGCGUGCUGCCCAACAUCCAGGCCGUGCUGCUGCCCAAGAAGACCGAGAAACCCGCCAAAACCAAGUGAACACGAGAGAACACGAUACUCACAAAGGCUCUUUUCAGAGCCACACACAUCCUCUUUAAGAGCCGUUUGAAAUAUGAUGGAUUUAGACUACGAAA